GCAGUUGAAGGUUUAUUUUUUUUCGCAUAGCCAUUUUUAGUCAAUGCCAAUCCGUGUCAUGGUGGUUUUCGUUUAGGUACAACGCAGCCGAGAUCUUUCUCUGGCAGACGAUUCGUUGUUGUUCAGCGAGUCCUGCGCGACAUUGCUACCGACUAACGUGUCUGACUUGGAUGUUGAGUACGAAAACGACGAGAUCAGAUCAGCGAUGACCACGGUGGCAAUCGACAUUUCAGGCGAAGCGUUUCGACGCAUGAUGGCGGCUCGCAGGCGGGGACAUUCGUUGCUUACUCCUAGCAGUGCAUCGUCUCCGUCGCAGGUGGUCGUCGAUCAGCUGCCGGAACCUCGAACGCUUCCUCACCGCUUCGCCGAAAGAGUGAAUCGUCGGAGGACCGUCGCUGAUGUGGUCUCGUUUCAGGGAGAGACAAGCUUGGCUGAGGACACUGGGUGGUGGCACCAUGGUAUGCCGAACGGCAAACUUGCGACGGCCAACAAUGACAUGUUGGACUGUCCGGCAGCAAACGAGUACCUAUACGACUUUGCGCCAUUUUACAGGAGGCGAACAAAGAAAAGUUUGUUGAACAACGUCGGACAGUUCUUCUCGUUAAGGCAUCCGCACAAUAAACACAAACAAAAGUCGUCACCGCCGUCGAAAUACGGGACAAAUGACGCCUUUGUAAGUGAGCCACGCGACGCAGCGCGCAAGCGGGUUACUUCACACAGCGUACCCUCAACGCCAUCCGACAUUCCAGUACUGGUAACCGACAGCGAUGAUGUGCAGGUGUCUGCUAGUUCCAGUAACGGCGGUGGCGGCGGAGGAGGAGGUGUCGGUUCGACGCUGAGGAAGUUGUUGAGACGGUCGAUCAGUUUCAGGUCUUCUUCUCGACGACUGUCCAACAACCACUGUACUAGCACAUCGAAGCCCGUCGCGUCUAAUGACGCGGUCAUGUUUUGCACGAACCGGAACCGACUCAGUAACGUUGCAGGUUCGUUUUACACGGACGAUGAGUAUACCCUUAAUCGGACUGACAAGUUCGAAGAGGACGGUGGCGGAACGAAACUGUUUUCAAAGGCUAGCUCCAAGACACGCUCCAAACUUCCCAUAUCCACCUCGUCUCAGGUUUUUCACGUAGCCACCCUUUUGAGGCAGCAGCCCAUCAAACGGAGCCUGAAGAACUUUAAUCCGAUUCACCGUCACAGCAAAGCGUCUAGCAGCUCCAGGGAUUCGGCGUACUCAAGUUGCGGCAAAACGAAAAUGAGGCGUCCUUCAAUCAAUUCCGUCACAUCUAACACGUCAUUAGACUUCAGUGACCGAGGACAGAACGGCUCUUAUCGCCAAGGCUACCAGCUUGAGUAUCCUGAAGAUUGCUUCCCGUACGGCACCGUACCGGUGCACAUCUCGUCACCCCGUCUUUUGAUGUCAGUUGUACCCAGUCCUCUGUUCGCCAGCUGUCAAAGUGACCAUGAUACGACGAGAUCGAAUUUAUCAUCGUUAGUAGCGAGUUGUAACACUGACCGUAAUUCUGCUGACAAUCCUGAACGAUUCUUCACCUCAGUCCACUGUUCAGGUGAUGUCAGUAAUUCGCCCACACAUACCAAAACCGGUAGCGUGACGCCGCACCAACAGGGUCAUGACUUCCGAGGACGUUCGUUUAGCACGCAUAGCUCUUCCAGCACGGUAGCUGCUGAACCGUCGAAUGAGCAAAUGUAUGAAAAGGAUCGUUCAUCGCAUGUCCCGAAUGGCAAUCGUACAAGUACAGAUUCUGACUGUUUGGACAAGUUUGCACGACUACGCAUCGCCGACCGCCGUUCGGUCAGCGACCACCGUAAUCUUGUUGGACAUAGAUCCCACGAUGGUUUGGUGACCAACGUCGGCCGUCUAGAUGAAACAUCGUCGCCGAACGACGAUGCACACGGUGAGAGAAUGUCACUGCAAACUUCGAAAAUUUACGAAGCUCUUGACGCGUCGCUGCUGUCACAGUUUUUUACCGAAAUAAGUGAGGUCAGAAACCCGUCGUCCAGGUCGCUUCCAUCUCGCGUAAUGGCCGGCUGCGAUUCUUCCAUCGGCUCAACUAGCCUUUCGAGAAAGGCGACUGACUGCCUUCGUUAUGAUCCGGUGUCCAUGCGACAAACAUGCAAUGAUCAUACAUCGCGAUUUGUUACAAGCAACGCAGUUUGGUUCUGUAACUCUUAA